AUGCGACAAAAGAAUGAUAAAUUAGACACCGUACACAGAAAGCGGCUGCCUUGGUACCAUGCGCCUCCGUUUUUACUUUUUUGGGUUCUUCUCGUUUUUGCGAUUGUGAUUCCCCUUUUUAAUCGAUUGCCCGAUAUUGUCAAAGUCAAAGACGAGCCAUCGAAGCCAGGAGAAUUUGUAGCGGAACGAGCUCAACAAUUGCUGUAUUCCUAUGAUCGCAUCGGGCCCAAAGUUGUGGGCAGUAUUGCCAAUGAAGUGACUACAGUCUCGUUCCUUCUUGAGGCACUUGAAAAAGUUCGCAUUGAUAUGCGAAAAGAUCUCUAUGAUCUGGAACUGGAUGUCCAACAGGUCUCAGGAGCAUAUGUGCUCAAUUCCAUGGUCAAUAUGUAUCAGGGCAUACAAAAUGUUGUCGUUAAGCUAAGCACACGGAGCUCUAACAGUUCGUCUUAUUUAUUGGUCAACAGUCAUUUUGAUUCAAAGCCAGGUAGCCCCGGAACUGGUGAUGAUGGCAUAAUGGUUGUAGUAAUGCUUGAGGUAUUGCGUCAAAUGGCCAUCUCCCCUACUGUCUUCGAACAUCCCAUUGUCUUUCUGUUCAAUGGAGCUGAGGAAAAUCCAUUGCAAGCAUCCCAUGGUUUUAUCACCCAGCACAAAUGGGCGACCAAUUGCAAAGCCCUCAUCAAUUUAGACGUCGGCGGUAGUGGCGGACGGGAUAUUUUAUUUCAAAGUGGUCCCGAUCAUCCUUGGUUAAUGAAGUAUUACAAACAAAAUGCCAUACAUCCAUUUGCCACAACGUUAGCUGAGGAGAUCUUCCAAUCGGGGAUGCUGCCAUCUGACACUGAUUUUCGGAUUUUCCGAGACUUUGGUCAUGUACCAGGUCUGGAUAUGGCACAGAUAAAGAAUGGUUACGUCUAUCACACUGCAUUCGACAAUUUUGCUGUGAUACCUGGUCGUUCGGUGCAAAGUACAGGUGAAAAUGUGCUAGCUUUGGUGAGAGCCUUCACCAAUGCCAGCGAAAUGCUAAACCCCCAGGAUCAUAGCGAAGGACAUUCGGUAUUUUUUGACUUCCUCGGUCUCUUCCUGGUUUAUUAUACAGAAACGACUGGAAUUAUAUUGAACUGCUGCGUUGCUGUGAUUAGUUUAGUCCUUGUGGCUGUUUCCCUCUGGCGAAUCGCUCGGGUUUCCCAGAGAUCAUUAAACCGAGUGUUAAUCGACUUUGUCAUUAUACUGGCGCUUUGUAUUGUGGGUUAUCUUCUAUGCAUUGGCUUGUCAUUGCUUAUGGCCGUAAUCUUUGAUGCUGGCGACAGAUCGCUAACGUAUUUUAGCAAUAACUGGCUCGUCUUUGGCCUCUACAUUUGUCCAGGUGUCAUAGGUUUGGCCUUGCCCCUUACCUUAUACUACUCUCUACGUCCGUGUAACGAAAUCAGUCACAGCUAUCAAUUGCAGAUGGGUCUACAUAGUCAUUGUGUUAUCCUGGCUGUGGUGGCCAUUAUACUGACUUCGAUUGGGAUACGCUCUACGUACUUAUGUAUGAUUUCUCUGAUUUUCUAUGAAGCUGCGCUUUUGAUUAAUUUACUUAGUACUCUACAUGAUAGGGGGCUUCGCUGGGUGAUCUUUGUUGGAGUUUUACAGAUGCUGCCAUUCCUAUAUAUUUGCUAUCUGUUUUACACAUUCCUUGUGGUUUUCUUCCCCAUGAUGGGACGCAAUGGGACCACCACCAAUCCCGAUAUAAUGAUAGCUCUGGUAUGCGCUUUGGGCACAUUGUUGGCCCUUGGAUUUGUGGCUCCUCUCAUAAACAUAUUUCGUUGGCCGAAGCUAAUACUGCUUGGACUAUGUUUGGUCACUUUUGUAUUCUGCAUGAUUGCUGUCUCCAGCAUUGGCUUUCCUUAUCGCGCCAAAACUAGUGCGAUGCGAAUAACCAUUCUGCACACUCGUCGCACAUUCUAUGAUUAUGAUGGCUCCUUGAGUGUAAACGAUUCGGGUUACUAUUUUGACUAUCAAGAUAGGAGGACUUACUUGCCUUUUGUUGACUCUGUUGAUUUGACUGGCUUGGAUGGCGUGUCCUCUUACUGUGAUAAAUACGUGAUGUGUGGAUUGCCUUGUUUUUGGAAUAGCUGGUGCGGAGCCCGUGCUCACGCUGGUUGGUUACCCCGUGCAGAUGAAGUCAUUUUACCAGGAACUGUAACCCUUGAUUUGCAAGCCAAAACCAUUUUACCGAGCGGCAAAACUGUGCGAUUUGAAUUCGAAUUGAAUGGUCCGCAUCAUAUGAAUUUAUACAUUCAACCGCUAGAGGAUGUGGAGUUAGAGGGAUGGUCCUUUAUCAGUGACAUACCGACAAGGCUACCGUAUCAUAUAUACUUCUCCUAUGGCUCGGAUAACUCCUCAUUGAAGUUUCACAUUGAUUUUAAUGUGUCUAAUGGAAGCGACAAUUUCAAUCGUCCUAUAUUUGAGCUGGGGGUUGUUGGUCAAUAUGUAAGUAACGACUAUAAUCGGGAUAAUGUUACCUUGGACUUUUUGAAUUCCUUUCCCGACUUCGUCUAUGUAAUGGAAUGGACAUCAUACUUUCAACGUUUUGUUUUCUAAAAAAAUAAAUAAAUUUUAAUUUU